AUGGCAGGCCAUCAGUGGGCCAUGACAUCAGCACUGUGCACCUAUGUGGCAGCUGUCUCUCUCCUCUACAUGAGCGAGGUCCAAGCCGACUGCUGGCUGAUCGAAGGAGAGAAGGGCUUUGUGUGGCUGGCCAUCUGUAGCCAGAACCAACCCCCCUACGAGUCCAUUCCUCAGCAGAUCAACAGCACCAUUCUGGACUUGAGGCUGAACGACAACAAGAUCAAGAGCGUCCAGUUCUCCUCCCUCAGCCGCUUCAGUAACCUCACAUACCUCAACUUGACCAAGAACGAGAUCUCGUAUAUCGAGGAUGGUGCCUUCUCAGGACAGUACAACCUGCAGGUGUUGCAGCUCGGCUACAACCGCUUGAGGAACCUGACGGAGGGGAUCCUCCGGGGCUUAGGGAAGCUGGAGUACCUCUACCUCCAGGCCAACCUCAUUGAGACAGUCACCCCCAAUGCCUUCGGGGAGUGCCCCAACAUAAUGAACAUUGACUUGUCCAUGAACAGGAUCCAGCGGCUGGACAGCAAUACCUUCAGGGGGCUGAGUAAACUGUCUGUCUGCGAACUCUACAGCAACCCUUUCUAUUGCUCUUGCGAGCUCCUGGGCUUCCUUCAGUGGCUUGAGGGCUUCACCAAUAUGACACGUACCUAUGACCGCAUGCAGUGUGACUCCCCACCUGACUACUCGGGGUACUACCUUCUGGGCCAAGGACGGAGCGGAUAUCGCAAUGCGUUGGGCAUGCUGUCUUCUCUUUGCACUGGUGGCCCCUACACCAUGCCACCUUACUUGACCCCACCCAAGAAAAAACCAGUGACCACCCCUCCUCCAGAGAGCCCCUGUCCAGAGGAAGAGUGCUUCUCCGGAGAUGGCACCACACCCCAGAUCUCUUUGCACACCCCGGUGAUCGAUCCCGGUUUGUAUCCCACCAUGAAAGUAAAGCACGUGACCCAAAACUCAGCUGUGUUGAGUGUGCAGAUCCCUGUGCCCUACAGCAAGAUGUACACCCUGGCCCAAUUUGAGAACGGCCGCUACAAUGUCCUGGCCAAGCUGCUGAAGAAGAAGGAAGAUAUCGAGCUAACGGAUCUAGGCCCAAACGAAAACUACACCUAUUGUGUGAUGUCCUCCAAUCGAGUCUCAAGGUACAACUACACCUGCCUCACCAUCAAUCUGAACAAACAAAAACCUGAAGACCCAAUCCCCAGGCCAUCAACUGCCACCCACUAUAUCAUGACGAUCUUGGGGUGCCUGUUUGGCAUGGUGAUUGUCCUAGGAAUUGUGUACUACUGCCUGCGGAAGAGGCGUCACCAGGAAGAAAAGCACAAAAAAACGGCAGUGAACAUGAAGAAGACCAUCAUUGAGUUAAAGUACGGGCCAGAAAUGGAGACUACCAGCAUUUCCCAACUCUCCCAAGGUCAGAUGUUGGGCCAUGGUGAGACCAUGACCCGCAUUCCUUACCUGCCUUCCAUGGGAGAAGUUGAGCAGUAUAAGCUGAUUGACAGCAGCGAGACCCCCAAGGCUACGAAGGGUAACUAUAUGGAAGUGCGGACGGGGGAACAGCCGGAGAGGAGAGAGUUGGAGCUGCCCAGGCCACCGGAUAGCCAGAGCUCCGUGGCAGAGAUCUCGACCAUCACAAAAGAGGUGGACAAGGUGAACCAGAUCAUCAACAACUGCAUCGAUGCCUUGAAAUCAGAAUCUACUUCCUUUCAAGGGGUGAAGUCGGGAGCGGUGUCGACCGCCGAGCCUCAGCUGGUGCUGCUCUCCGAACAAAUCCCUAGCAAGCAUAGCUUUCUAGCGCCCGUCUACAAGGAAAGCUACAGCCACCCUCUCCAGAGGCACCACAGCAUUGAGGCUCCUCCUAAACGGUCCAGCACUUCUUCCAGUGGCUCCAUACGGAGCCCCAGGUCCUUCCGCUCUGAGGGCUCCGCCCACAAGUCAGAAGCCAAAUAUAUCGAGAAGACAUCUCCAACCACUGACACCAUCCUCACUGUGACACCGGCGGCAGCUGUCUUACGAGCCGAAGCCGAGAAGAUCCGGCAGUACAGCGAGCACCGGCACUCUUACCCAGGGUCCCAUCAGGGGGAACAACAUGACGGCAUGGGGGGACGGAAGCCCUCCAUCUUGGAACCGUUGACCAGGCCCCGCCCCAGAGACUUGGCUUACUCGCAGCUCUCUCCACAGUACCAUAACUUGAGCUACACCUCCAGCCCCGAAUAUACUUGUAAACCCUCCAGGAGCAUCUGGGAGCGUUUCAAAUUGAACCACAAGCGGCACAAAGAGGAGGAGGAGGAAUAUAUGGCGGCCGGCCACGCUCUGCGUAAAAAGGUCCAGUUUGCCAAAGACGAAGAUCUGCACGACAUCCUAGAUUAUUGGAAAGGGGUUUCUGCCCAGCACAAGUCUUGAGUUCUCUGCCGGCUCGUGACUUAACCACGGACCAAAAGGAAAAAAACAAAACAAAACAAAACAAAAAUCAGCAGCAGCUAUUAUUUUUAAUUCAGACUUAUCUUUAAAAGAAAGAAAGGAAAAAGGGGACUCUGAGGAAUCUAUCAUUAUUCUAGAACAGGUUGAGGAGAGAGAGAAAGAGAGAGAUAUUUGGAAUUAUGGUCUCGCUGAGGUGAGAUUUAGAAAGGAGAGAAAAAAGGAUGAGGAGAGGAGAGUAGUGAAAGGAAAGAUGCUUAAACAUUAAAAUAAACUGUGGGGUGGGGAAAAAAACCAAAUUCUUUUCUUUAAACAUACACACACACACACACAAGUAAAAUUGAAUUUUCAGAGAGAAAGAAGUGCAAGAAUUUCAAGAGAGCCAGACAGAAAAUAUGAAAGGAGUGUGGCGUAACCACAACUGCAUCGCAUGACUCCUUAUUCUGUGAAUUUUGUGGACUCUGUACAGCUUUGUCUUCAUCCUUUCAGUAACCAAAAUGUAAAACAACCGAACAAAAGAGAUCAAUUAGAAAAGUUACCGGAAAGAUCUUUUUUUUUUCAUUGUUAAAAAGAGAUAGAGAGAGAGAGAACAAAAGAAAGAAAGUUCAUCCUUUUUGGGCCUUUUGCAAAUGGAGUCUUCCAGUUUAGACUAUUACUCGCCUGAAGUCCCAUUUGUGCAAAUAUUUUUAAGAUUUUAUUUUUGGGGGUGAAAGGAUCUGUCGCAAUGUUGCACUGUAAAACCGUCCUAUUGUACAGAGAGAAAAAAAUUCUAUAUUUGCUGUAUAAUGAGAGAG